AUGUCGAACCGGGCGCCAAAUCGCAGCAUUCUCAGUGCGCUGCAGGCGACAACCAUGCUGGACUCAAAGCCAGCAUUGCCUGCCGAGAUACUAGCCACGAUCCUCGACUAUCUGCCCGUGGCUGACCUGAUGCGAUUUGCGCAAACCUCGAGACGCAUGCGUGAAAUGGUAUACGAUGACACGAGAUGGGUACCUAGACUAAAGAGCAUGGGUCUCUGGAACGAAGCCGAGGCCAGGCAGAGGUUCGAUGAAGCCAUGAAGAGACGACGCAUGACGGUCAAUGGAGGAGCUCCUGGUCAAAGCCCAACAGCGGCACAACAAGUCGACACAACCAUAUUCGAUGCCACAGAGGAGGAGGAACGGCGCAGGAAAGCAGCAGAGGACGCUGCCAAAGCACCACCAGCCAACAUCGACGGCUUCGAGACAAUGACUUUGAAUGCAACUCAACCCAAAUCACCAUUCGAAGAUCCCGACGCCCUUCUGGACAUAUUGAAGACUGUGAAAAGCAUACGUGGACGUGCACGGCAGGAAUAUGGAAGAGUAUACGGUGCUCUGGCCCCUUUUUAUUACGACCUGGCACAGGCAAAGAGCCAUACCGAACCCGUCGUCUUUCAGGCUUUUCGAGAUCCCGAACGACAAGCCAAAAUGUUGAACAACCUAUUCACCUUUGCCAAAAGCGACUGGGCGCAGGGGUGGAACGAACGCGAAGAGAAGCUGGCUUCCAUGACGAGCAUGUUUGAAAGUGCCGUGCUGCGAGAGUUUGAACAAGGAUAUGAAUUCUGGGACGUUGAGGGACGGAUGAAGAGGUAUGCCCAUGUGCUGCACUUUCUCAACGGUGGCAGUGCCGCCAUGGAGCUCUUUGUCUCGAAGCACCCGCUUUUGAACGACCGCGACGUAUUGGCCAACUCGAUGGACUGCAUCAAUCAGGCCUCAUACGAGGACAUUACUCUGGAGCCUUCGCGUCAAUUCUUUGAGACACUGGCAAGCAAGUCCAAUGAGCAAUCAGCCAUCAUCAGCCAGAUAUUCCCAGUACCCUCUGUGACAUUUUGGUACUUUAUGGACAAGCUUCGCGAAGAAGUAAUUAUCGACUAUGUCAACUCUCUGCUUGACGAGUUGCAUAGAAAGAACAAGGCUUCAUAUCUCAAGGCUGUCUCUGGCUUGUUUGAGCAAUGUCUGGCAUUUUCUCGAUCACUACGACCGCCUACAGGCACACCCGAUGAGCUUGAAGAGCAUGCAAAAGACCUGGCUCUGCACGUGUUUGAGCAGCAUUUGGACUUGUAUCUGCAGGACGAGCUUGAUUACUUUACCCAGCAUGCGGAGCGCGAGGUUGCAAACUGGAACCAGCGUUUGUCAGAGCAAGAUUUGACAGCUGAAUCGUUCUACAUGAGCAACUUCAACAGACGCGCAGAUAAAAAUGACUUCUUGAGUUCCUUUAGGAAGGUCGUCAUGAUGCCCGUUACAGUACUGGGUGGCACGAGCAAGCCUGUCACGGCGCCUGCAGCCAAUCGAGCCAGUCUUCAGCAUAAUGGUACGCUCACACCCUCAGGUUCGCGGCCCGGCACGCCCAGCCUCGGGAACCCCCUCGAACGAAAGAGUACUCCGCUGCCCCCUGAAGCACCAACAGAUGAGCUCAAGGCAAAGGCUGCACUCAUGGCAAACCGACUCGAGGGCAUCAAGUCCUUAUGCAGCAUCGAGGUCGCGUUGGACCUUGUGCAAGCAGCAAAAAUCAGUCUUGGCCGCGCAGCAAUGUUUGUAUCGCUAGGUGGACAAGCUGGUGGUGAAGCAAAAGAGCAGUGCGAAGCCAUCUUUGUUGCUUUACUAAAGACCCUGGGCCAAACUCACGUUAAAUAUGGCUUUAUCAAGGCCGUCGAUCAUCUAUCACUGUACAAUCCUCGAGAGGUCAGCGACCACAGCCAGACUGGUGUGGCCCCUCUCGUCACCUUUAUCGAGCUUGUCAACGUGGGCGACUUGAUCUCACAGAUGAUUGAUGUCUUUUACGAACAACAACUCGCAGCACCAAAGAUUGCAGACCGUAAUGAUUUCCUGGAUCCAGCAGGCCUUGCUAAAAAGAAAUUUGAACAAAUGCUGGACGAAAGUGUCGCAGCAGGUCUGAACAAGGGAAUUGAUGUGUUAAUGGACGAAGUUGAAUAUCUUUGUGCCACAACACAGUCACCAAGUGACUACAACCCGGCAGCCUCUUCGGAUGAAAAGGGCGCUGCAUCACACGAUUUCGAUAUUGGGCCUACACAGACGGCACUACGAAUCAAGGAACUUGUCUCGUCACAUACCAACAUGCUUGUCGGCAGUACCGAAAAGACCAUGCUUGAUGUUUUCAACGGCGAAGUCGGUCUUCGACUCUUUACAGCCAUUUGCAAACAUUUGAAGAGACUGCGUAUCAGUACAGAAGGAGCAAUCAAGCUGAUUGCAGACAUGAAUCUGUAUUUUGAGUAUAUCCGCACUUUGAAGAACCCGGAUCUGCUCGCAUAUUUCAAGGCCUUGCGGGAACUUAGCCAGAUUUAUCUGAUUGAUGGCAAGCAUGCGAAAGAAAUGGCAACCGUCAUUGCCGAUGGUGACAAAUUUGGUGGCAUCUUUAGAGCCGAGGAGGUUUACGAGUAUGCACAGCGGCGAGCCGACUGGUACCAAAUCAAGCGUGAUGUCGAGAGGGCAAUGUACGGCCUGGAAUGUAGCGUCAUGUGA